UUCCGUGAUGGUUGCCAUGACAACAAUUGUCAAACACCGUUUGGACAAGCUAGCUUAACUGCUAACUAGAUGUUACUUAUCAUUACUACUACGCAUAUUCUGGUAAUAUAAACGUAGUUUUCCAAUAUUUCACAACGUGCACCUCCAUGUCAAAGUAUAAGACAUCUGGAUACAAAGGGACAUAUGAUUAUGGCAAAAGUGAGGAGCGGUGAGUGCUCUUCUUAAGUUGGCUGUCAAUUAUCACAGUGUAUUCCGUUGUGCAAUUGUACGGUAUAGGCCUACUACACAUCUUGAUUUCAGAAUACCAUUAUCCAUCCCACAUAGGAGAAAUGUAGUUGAAGUAAAUGGCACGGAAAGGAAAGACUGAAGUAAAACAAAAGUACCUCGAAAUUAUACGUUCUUACAGUAGUAAUAGGAGGGAAGGAGUUGUGUGCGUUACAAGUGUGGCCUACUCAACACCAUACAGGAUGUCCUGCGCCAAAGACCCGGUUGGGUUGAAGUCAAAGAUGAAGGGGAGUGGGACUUCAACUGGUGUGAUGUGGGCUGGCUGAGGGAGAAUUUUGAUCAUUCAUACAUGGAGGAACAUGUGAGGAUAAACCACUUUCGCAAUCAUUAUGAGCUGACUCGCAAAAACCUCAUGGUGAAAAAUCUCAAAAGAUACAGGAAGAAUCUUGAAAGAGAUGUUGGCCGCAUAGAGGCAUCCAAAUGUGAAUUCUUCCCUUGCACUUUUGCACUGCCAAGCGAAUAUCAUCUGUUCGUAGAGGAAUUCAAAAGAAGCCCCGGCAGUACCUGGAUCAUGAAGCCGGUGGCAAAAUCGCAAGGGAAAGGCAUUUUUCUGUUCAGGAAACUGAAAGACAUCAUGGAUUGGAAGAAGGAUGGCACCCGCUCAGAGGAACAGAAGGAUGCAGCUCAAGUGGAAAGCUACGUGGCACAACGCUAUGUAGAGAACCCUUACCUAAUAAAUGGCCGGAAAUUUGAUCUGAGGGUCUAUGUGCUGGUCACGUCAUACGUUCCUUUGAAAGCCUGGCUGUAUCGAGAUGGCUUUGGCCGCUUUUCAAGCACCCGCUUCUCCCUCAGCAGUAUUGAUGACAAGUAUAUGCACCUCACCAAUGUGGCUGUACAGAAAACAGCACCAGACUAUGAUCCUGAAAAGGGAUGCAAAUGGCAGCUGCAACAGCUUCGAAGAUACCUCACCGCAAAGCAUGGCAGAGAGAUGAUAGAAACCCUGUUCAAAGAGAUGGAUAACAUCUUUGUCCGCAGUCUUCAAAGUGUCCAGAAAGUCAUUAUAAAUGACAAACACUGCUUUGAGCUCUAUGGAUACGACAUUCUACUGGAUCAGAACCUCAAACCGUGGUUAAUAGAGGUGAAUGCCUCUCCGUCACACACACCCAGUAGUCAAGAGGAUUAUGAGAUGAAGUGCAGUCUGCUGGAAGACACUUUGAAUGUUGUUGAUAUGGAGGGAAGGCUCACUGGCAAGGAGAAAAGGGUGGGAGGCUAUGAUCUGAUGUGGAAUGAUGGGCCCGUCUAUAGAGAAGACGUCAAUCUAGAAACAUUUGGCAGUGCAUGUUUCUCUGCCAACACACACCUAGGGUGUGUGAAUGACAGGGAGAAGCAGCUGCGGCGGCUCCUGAAACCAUUUCCAGGCCAAAAAAGGAUGUAACACACUCAUCAUUUGUAUGCCCCGCCACUUUACCACCUGGUAUGGGCCUGGAAGAGGACAGUCAAGUAAACACAAAGAGCUAAACAAAAACUCAUGUUCAUAAAAAGUUAACUCUGUGAUGAACUGAUCAGAGUCCCUCCAAAAAGGUUGACAUUUAAGUGUGAAAAUAAAUUAAACUUGCCAUAAUUAAAGUUAAGUUAAGUUUGGGAUUUUAUGUCAUCAUGUGUUGCAAAGAAUGGCCAGAGAAUGAAUAUCCUUCGAGUGCAAAACAUUUAUUUCUAUGCCUUACAAAUAAUUGCAUUCAACAUUGAGAAAAUACAUACCACAAUCUUUCUGCGUGCGUGUCAGCAUAAUGUACACAUUUAUAAUUACAUCGCGCCUUGUAGCCUCUUAUCUAUGGCUUUGAUACUUACAUGAAUAUUAAGUAAAGAGGUGCAAUCUGAAUACGUAUGGUGUUAUUUACAUUGAUGUGGUGUUCCCAUGGAUCAAGUGCACGUGGUUAAUCACAACAAACCGAUAAGACAAUCUAAUGUAAACACAGUGACAUACAGAUUUCAAGUUUGCAGUGUGAUAUGUAUAACAUUACCAUGUUACGGCAUAACAGCGAGGACGGUGGAUCACAUUGACUCUCAGGGAUGAGCAAUGGUACAGCACAGUAGACAUUAAGUUACAUUCAGUUCUUUUUUUAAAAUUGUUUUGUGCAUGACAAUGUAAACAUAACAAUGCUAAUGAUAAAUACAAGUCAGCCACAACACUUUUCAUAAAUAUAACUAUGGUAUAUAAAAUUUGGAAAAAUAUGCAUUUACAUUCGUAGCAAACAUUACACUUUCUUCAAUGUCAGAGAGCUCAGCUCUAUGCAAAAUACACUAUAUCAUCAUGGACUACAAUUCAAGCUGUUGAACAUGAGAAGCCCUUGUAACGAAAAAUUCAAACCAUUGCACAAAUAUGUCUGAAACAAAUAACAACACAGCAGUACACCACCACUCAAUGUGCCUCUUUCUUUUCAGCCAAAGAUGCUUCAACCGCUGCGUCUUAAAACAUGAGGCACCAAAUUAAAGAAAAAAAAUGCAACAUCAAUUAAAGUAAAAGCAUUAAAAACAAAUACAUCCCUACAUCACAGACUCCACUAGUUACCGCUAUGGUUGCAUUUGAUGACUAAAAUGUAAUGAUGUGUUAAACUUCACUAUGGAAUAUUUAGGCUGACAGUUAUCCUAUGGUAGAGUAGUUGCUUAUUUUAUGCCUAUUGAACAUCAGUAGUAUACUUAGAGAUGGUGAUGUGCAGUGCAGCAGAGGAACAUUUACAUAAAAUAUGUUAUUUAGGAAUCAUAGUGGUGCUUUGAGUCAUAAUGAGCCAUCUGUCUACACACAGUAAAAC